GAGGAGGAGGAGGAGCAACAGCUCUGGCAGUUCCGUUGGCUGUUAGCUCCGCCCGAGGCCCCGCCCCUCUCGAACUCCCAGCUUCACGUCGGGGACGGAACUCCAGGCCCGGGCUCCGAGACCGGAAGUAGUUUUCUGCCGGACUCCAUUUUGCCUGGGUCUGCAUUUCCGGUAGUAGCGGCGGGAAGCGGGCUGCAGGAGCGCCAGGCCUCGGCGCAGGCGAAUCCGGCGCGAAUCGGAGCCAUCAGAACCGCCACCAUGACUGUGGGCAAGAGCAGCAAGAUGCUGCAGCACAUCGACUACAGGAUGAGGUGCAUCCUGCAAGACGGUCGUAUCUUCAUUGGCACCUUCAAGGCUUUCGACAAGCAUAUGAAUUUGAUCCUAUGCGAUUGUGAUGAAUUCAGGAAGAUCAAGCCAAAGAACUCAAAACAAGCGGAAAGAGAAGAGAAGCGAGUCCUCGGGCUGGUGCUACUUCGAGGGAUGACAGUAGAGGGACCUCCUCCCAAAGAUACUGGCAUUGCCCGAGUGCCACUUGCUGGAGCUGCUGGGGGCCCGGGGAUCGGCAGGGCUGCUGGCAGAGGAAUCCCAGCUGGUGUUCCCAUGCCCCAGGCCCCCGCAGGACUUGCUGGGCCAGUUCGUGGGGUUGGUGGACCAUCCCAACAGGUGAUGACCCCACAAGCAAGAGGCACUGUUGCAGCUGCUGCAGCCGCUGCCACAGCUAGUAUUGCAGGGGCCCCAACCCAGUAUCCACCGGGCCGUGCAGGUCCUCCCCCACCUAUGGGCCGAGGGGCACCCCCUCCAGGCAUGAUGGGCCCACCUCCUGGUAUGAGGCCUCCCAUGGGUCCCCCAAUGGGAAUCCCCCCUGGACGAGGAACUCCAAUGGGCAUGCCCCCUCCAGGAAUGCGGCCCCCUCCACCAGGAAUGCGAGGCCUUCUUUGAUCCUUGGCCACAGAGUUACGGAAGUAGCUCCACAGAGGCGUGGUCCCGGUCCACCAGGGCCACACUACCACAGACCGGUUGUUUGUUAUGCUGUUGUACUUGGAGUCUCACCAGAUUGUCUGGUUUCCCUUACAGGGCCCCCUCCCCCAGGAAUGCACCCACCAAGGCCCUAGACUCAUCUUGGCCCUCCUCAGCUCCCUGCCUGUUUCCUGAAAGCCUGUACAUAGUCCUUUUGUUUCUUUGUGCCUGAGAACAGCAUUUCUUAAUAAACUCUUAAUAGGAUAUUAUAAGUGCA